AUGAAUAAUGUUCAAUAUGAUUAUCAGCAAACCACUGCCUCACAAAUGCCCAUAAUUACUUCUGGUCAAACUGGCAUUACGACUACUGGGAAUGAACAAAGGGUUGACCAAGAAGGAGAUAAUUACAUUACUAAUGAUAAUGUAAGUGUUGAUCAGCUUAAGCCUUCAUUUACAUAUAAGUCCUUAAUUGGUCAAGCUAUUUUGGCUUCUCCUGAUGAGAAACGUCAGUUAAAAGAAAUACGUAAAUGGAUUGCCGAAACUUAUCCAUUCUAUAAGACGGAAAAUGAAAGUUGGAAAAAUGCUAUUCGACAUAACCUAACCCUAUGCCCUGCUUUUCACCGUUGCGAACGAAAGGACGGAACGACAAGAAAGAAAGCCUGGACAAUUCCUAAUAAAUAUCGGGAAUGUUUUAUCAAUGGAGUCUAUAUUAACUAUAAGGCCAAAGAAAUUAAGGCACGUGAAGAAAGUGCUGCCUUUGGGUCGGGUGAAAUCCGACGAUCGGAUGUACAAAAACCGACUCCUCCUCCACGACUGUCCGCCUCUUCUCCAAAUUUAUCAACGGCUCCAACACAAUCAAUAUCUGGUUCUGGAAGCAUACUUAGACCUGCACCUCGCCAAUCUGAACUAGCAUACAAUAGGUACAUGCAGGAAAAUUCAUACCUUAUUGCUACUGAAGCAGUAAAUAGUUCUUUGCAAGCUCCAUACAAUUAUGUUAAUAUGUCUAUGGUUGAGAAUAUCCAAAAUACUGGAUUCUUGAAUUAUGAAAUUGAAACGGACAAAACAGAAAUGACAACCUGGGAACUGGGUGUUACUGAGUAUUGUAGUGAUACAGGACUUGAGUAUGUUCCAGAAAGUCCAGAUUUUAUUUACACAGAUUCUGAAAAUUAG